AUGCCUGCCCAGCUUAAGCGAAAAGCCUGUCUUGGCUACAUUCGGUCGCCGGCUGGUUACAUGAUUGCAACGCUAGCUAUCCUGUUGGCUUUUCUUGUUACAAAGUUUGCUUUCGACGUUUUGUUUUGUUUUUUGUUGAGAUACGAGUCUGAUGGUGAAGGGCUUAGAAGCGCUUGA